AGUUGGAGAAACAUGGCGGACCACGUAAAUACGGCUUUCAAAGCUUUUAAGCAAGGUUUAGAAAAUGCGGAUCCUUCUGUUUUGGGAGUUGUAAUAGCUUUAUUUGUUGGAUUAAUAACAAUAGUUAUAUUAAUUGUUAGAAGCAGCAGUAAAAAUAAAAGACAAGGAGUCUUACUUCUAGGUAUUUGUGAUGCUGGAAAAACAGUAUUAUUUUUACAGCUGGUACAUAAGGCUUAUAAACAAACCUACACUUCUAUGCAAGCUAAUUCUGGGGAAUAUUUUGUGUCAGAAAAAAAAAAAAAGCUCAGGGUUAUUGACUUGCCUGGAAAUGAAAGACAACGUGGUCAGUGCUUGGAGGAAUAUAAAAGUCUUGCCAGGGCUGUUGUGUUUGUGAUUGACAGUGCUACUCUUCAAAAGGAAAUCAAAGAAGUUGCUGAGUACUUGUAUACAGUACUCAGUGAUAGAGUAAUUUCUAACAAUGCACCUCCUGUGUUAAUUCUGUGCAACAAGCAAGACCUUACUUUAUCUAAAGGAGUUAAAGUUAUUCGCAGUCAGCUUGAAAAAGAAAUGAACACUUUGAGACUAACCAGAGCAGCGGCCCUCCAAGGUGUGGGUGAUACCGGCAACAAUAACUCAUUCCUUGGUAAAAGGGACAAGGACUUUGAUUUCUCAGACUUGAAACCGCUCAAGGUUGAUUUUGCAGAGUGCAGUGCUUUAGGGAAGGACAGUAAUGAAAACAAAGCUGAUCUGGAUGAACUUAAUAACUGGCUAGCAAAAGUAGCAUAACAAUAACGAGUGUUGUGGUGAAUGAUAUUUUGUUGUGGGAUUUGCAAGUUAUAUUAUUGAUACUUUAAUAUGUUCUAAGUCAAAUAAAAAUUGCAUCUUCAGGUGGAUCUUCAAUUAUUCUAUUAAUUUUAAUAAAAUUAAUUAAAAUUUGAUUUGUGAUAAUAUAUGAAUAUUAAUUUAGUACUAGAAAAAUGCAUGAUAGAAAUUGUAUGUUACAAUUUUGCAAGUCGUAUCAAGUCUUCAAUGAAAACAAAUAUUUGUGUAACUGUUACUUGAUAUUAUUUCAGCUGUGUUAUUAAAUGUUGUAGAAUAAGUCAAUUUAGUCAUUCUACUUUCAUCAUAGCAUGUUUAAAAGAAAUUUACUUUCAUCG